AUGCGGACCAACGUCAGCAUUGAGGAAGUGGAAGGCGAGGAAGAUCUAGCCACAACCAUCAAGCUGUUCGAAGCAUACGCACAAUCUCUGGGCAUUGAUCUUACCUUCCAGGACUUUGCUCAUGAGCUCGGAAGCAUGCCAGGGAAGUAUGCUCCCCCUCAAGGCAUCCUGCUGCUCGCCAAAGCCGCAUCAGGUGACGCUUUCGGUUGCGUCGGCCUGAGACCGCUAGCAGGUCAUGGCUACUGCGAGAUGAAGCGGCUCUACGUUGCCCCUGAAGGCCGCGGACUGGGGAUUGGGCGGGCUCUCGCGGAGCGUGUCGUCCAGGAAGCGCGACUUAUGGCCUAUCAAGCGGUGCGUCUAGACACGCUCCCGAGCAUGGCAUCUGCUCGGCACCUGUACACAUCCCUCGGCUUCCGCGAGGUUGAGCCGUAUUAUGAGACUCCGAUUAAGGGUACCGUAUUUCUGGAACUUGAUCUAGCCAGAUGA